UUCACCACUGCAAACAUGAUGUCCAGGAAAUCAUACUCAGUCUCUGGCUCUUCUAAAGGUAGCUUGAAAAGUUCCUCCAGCUACUCUGCACAAAGAACAGGUUAUGCAGUUGGUUCUGGUGCCGGAGCUGGUUUUAGUUCAGGUUCAGGUUUUGGUUCAGGUGCAGGUUUUGGUUCAGGUGCAGGUUUUGGUUCAGGUGCAGGUUUUGGUUCAGGUUCAGGUUUUGGUUCAGGUGCAGGUUUUGGUUCAGGUAGCUCUGGCAGUUAUGGCAUUAGCUCCAGCCAAGCAGGAGGCAACUGCAUGGCUCCAUUGAUCACUGCUGUCCAGGUCAACAAGAGCCUGCUGACCCCUUUGAACCUUGCAAUUGACCCCACCAUCCAAGCUGUCCGCACCCACGAGAAGGAGCAGAUCAAGACCCUCAACAACCGCUUUGCUUCCUUCAUCGACAAGGUCAGGUUCCUGGAGCAGCAGAACAAAAUGCUGGAGACCAAAUGGAGCCUCCUGCAGGACCAGACCACAUCCCGCUCCAACAUCAAUAGCAUGUUCGAGGCUUACAUUUCCAACCUGCGCAGACACCUCGACGGACUGGGCAAUGAGAAGGUCAAGCUGGAGGGAGAGCUAAGGAACAUGCAGGGUCACGUUGAGGACUUCAAGAAUAAGUAUGAAGAUGAAAUCAACAAACGUGCAACUGCAGAGAACGAGUUUGUGCUCUUGAAGAAGGAUGUUGAUGGUGCCUACAUGAACAAGGUGGAGCUGGAUGCCAAGGCUGAUGCUCUUCAGGAUGAGAUCAACUUCCUCAGUGCCGUCUAUGAGACUGAGCUUCAUGAGCUGCAGAGCCAGAUCAAGGACACCUCCGUCAUCGUGGAGAUGGACAACAGCCGUAACCUGGACAUGGACUCUAUUGUGGCUGAAGUGCGUGCUCAGUAUGAGGACAUUGCCAACCGCAGCAGAGCAGAAGCAGAGGGCUGGUACAAACAGAAGUAUGAGGAGAUGCAGACCUCUGCCGGACAGCAUGGUGACGACCUGCGCACAACAAAGUCAGAGAUUUCUGAGCUGAACCGCAUGAUCUCCCGUCUUCAGAAUGAGAUUGAGGCUGUCAAGGGACAGAGGGCCAGCCUUGAGGCUCAGAUCACAGAGGCAGAGGAGCGUGGUGAGCUGGCAGUGAAAGAUGCCAAGCUCCGCAUCAGAGACCUGGAGGAUGCUCUGCAGAGAGCCAAGCAGGACAUGGCCCGCCAGGUGCGCGAAUACCAGGAGCUGAUGAACGUCAAGCUGGCCCUGGACAUCGAAAUUGCCACCUACAUGAAACUGCUUGAAGGAGAGGAGGACAGACUGUUCAGCGGAGGCGCAACUGCAACCAUCCAUGUGCAGUCCUCUGGUGGUGGAUUGUCCAGUGCCAACUCAGGUUACGGCUACGGUGGCGGCUUCAGUAGCAGCAGUGGUUAUGGCAGUGAAUCUGUUCAAAAGUCCUCAGUCACUACAACCAGUUCCAGAAGAGCAUAUUAAAAAACAAGAGCUGUC